AGAGCGAGGCUGGAUGAGGUCAUGGCUGCAGCGGCCCUCACAAGCCUGUCCACCAGCCCCCUCCUGCUGGGGACCCCAGCUGCGGCCUUUAGUUCAGAGCCUGGCUUGGAGCCUUGGAAAGAGGCGCUGGGCCGGCCAGCGGGCAGCUACAGCAGUAGCAACAACAGCGGAGACUGGGACCUGGCCAGCGACCCGUCCUCCCCGUCCACUCCGUCGCCCCCGCUGCCCCUCGAGGCAGCCCACUUCCUGUUCGGGGAGCCCGCCCAGAGGAAGAGGAAGAACUCGACCCAGGUCAUGUUCCAGUGUCUGUGGAAGAGCUGCGGGAAGGUGCUGAGCUCAGCCUCCGGGAUGCAGAGACACAUCCGCGUGGUGCACCUGGGGCGCCAGGCAGAACCUGAGCACAGUGACGGGGAGGAGGACUUCUACUACACAGAGCUAGACAUUGGCGUGGACAUGUUGACUGACGGGUUAUCCAGCCUCGCCCCAGUGUCCCUCACGGCCUCCAUGCCUCCUGCCUUUCCCCCCCUGGAGGUGCCAGAGCCCUCAGCCCUGCCGCCGCCCCGGAUGCUGAGCUCCGUGUGCCGAAUCCACAGUGACCACGCCUACCAGGGUUGCCUGGCACCCAUCCACCUGGAGCCACAGGCCCCCACUGUCAGGGCCUGUUUCUCGCCAGCCCUGCCCACCAAAUUCACUGCCAACCCCAGGAAGCCCCGCGGUGAUGCCAAGAAGUGCAGGAAGGUGUAUGGCAUGGACCGGCGGGAGCUGUGGUGCGUGGCGUGCCGCUGGAAGAAAGCCUGCCAGCGGUUCCUGGACUGA